AUGAGCUCUCGUAGAUCCUCGCCACCGUCACCGCAGACCUCAGCGACAUCGUGGUCCACGUUACCCUCGCCCGCAACGGCAGCAGGAGCGCCUUCGCCCGUAUCGGUGCCGCAUGUGGUCUACCCCGCGCAGACAGAUGCUACGGCGGCGCCGCAGGCGGUGCCCGUGUGCAGCCGCUUCGCGGCACUGAGGAGCAGCGUUCUCUCCCCUGCAUCGUCGACGGCGAACUUGUCAGCGAGCAACACGCCCGCCAAGUCGGUGCCCGCUCUUGAGGUGGGCACCUCGCUAUUGGACCGACGGAAGCCUUCCCCGGCGUCACCUCGCGGGCCGAAGGCCGCCACAUGGACGACGGCAACGAUGACCUCCGCGGCUGCAGCUGCCUGCGCUUCACAUUCGUCGAAAACACAGCACACACAAAGUCAUCCAUCGGCUGAUGCCGACAGCGUCCAGGGAUGCGCCGACAGCGGUGUUGGUGGUGUCAGUACGACCUCCUCGCUGUCUGCUGCUUGUGCGCCGCAGUCCGCGUCCCUGACAGCCAUCACAGCAUCAUCCGGCAAGCUGUAUCGACCACCGCACGCGCGUGAGGACUCGUCGAAGCAGCGUUGGAGCGCCGGUGAUGGCGGCGGCGCCGACAACACCGCGACCGCAACGGAUGCGGGGACAACAGUGUCCGCUGCGACCCCCACAUCUUUAGACAGCGCAGCCGCCGUUGCAGGGGCAGCGGCGGUGCCGACUGCGUCGUCCUCAUCAUCGCCGCCGCCGCUGCGUCCAAGCGUGAGUGCAGCCGCGUCGAAGUCUACCGACGCCUUGUGGUGGUUUCCGGUGAGCAAGGCCAACGCGUUGUCGUCUACCGCCCCGCAACGCUGCGGCGGCUCGAUAUCAGCUGCACCGUCGUCCGCCGUAUCCGUGCCAGCGACUGCUGCUGCAGUGGCGUCAGGCGCGUCCCCUGAGGCGACCCUUCCACCGCCCGCCACGUCCGAGGACGACCAGCACGGACGGGCGGGAAAGUCAUCGGCGGUCCAUUCAUCUGUCACGGCAACGCCCCGAGAGCCUGUCGCCGCGGAGCGGCGAGAACCAACAGAACUGCCGCCAAAGCCCUCCCGCUCGGCGAAGCGCAAGCAGAAAGUGCGUGCCAUGGCGGCAGCAGCGGCUGCCGCAGCAGCAGCAGCUGAGGCUGAGGCUGAGGCUGAGGCGAACCGACAGCCUGACGCCGAGGUGGAGGUCGAAGUGGCGGCGGAGCGCCGUGAGGUCGUGGUCGCACACCCGAAAUGCAGCUCGAUGGAUGCAACCAGUGACAGGGGGUCAGCCAGAAUUGGUUUUGGUGCACACUCAUCGCCCGCGUGCACGGGGUCGGCCCCAACGAAAGCAGCAGCGGCGCCGAACACGAGUAGCGUGAGCCGCCGUCCUGGCUGGCACCCCUCUUUCGCGACGUCUGCGGCGGUCUCAACAACCGUGGCGGGCGAGGUUGCUGUCGUCGUGGCCGGUGACGCAGAGGUAGUUGACAGCAGUGGGAACGGUGGGCCGAAGAUGAUGGUGAACGGCCUUAGUAAUGCGAUGCCGGUCUCCUUUGCAGGGGCGCUGCCGUCGACGACCUACGCGGGGCAGACGGCGAACACAAUGCCGGGCAUGAGCGACGCUGCUGGGCAGCUGCUCCCAACUGAGAUGGCGACGGCCGGCGGUGGUGGUGGUGGCAACACCGGUUACAUGAAUGGUCAUGGGUACCAGCAACAGCAGCUGCUGCGCCAUUCGCAUCCGUCGCCUACACAGCAGUACUACGACGUCUCUCUGCUUUCACAGCAGCAGCUGCAGAUGGCAGCGUGUGGCUACUACAACCGCUUCCACAUAGCCUCUCCACACCAGCAACAACAGCAGCAGCACUGCUCUCAUACGUGGCCUUCCACAUCCGGGGUAGACCUCAGCAGCGCGGCCGCGACCACCAGCCCCAACAGCAGCAGCAGCACCAGCGCCAAAGUUCUGCUGGCUGCCGGCGCAGCAACCACGUCUGUGACGGGAGCUGCGGCAACCAUGCUCGACACCGCCAAUACAGCCAUGAGCGCGAGCGGUGGCGGUGCAGCUCCUCCUCAGCACCGUGCACCCGGCCUUCACCGAGGCCGUGGAGCAGUGGCAGCGGCGGCGGCUAGUCAGAGCACAGCUGGUCAGCUCGCGCCGUCAGCGUCCCCGCCGCCCGCGCCGGCAGCGACAGGGCGUGCGUCCCCGUCCGCGUUGUUGCCGGCGCGCAGCGGCAACCUGCCGAGCAUCCGCGUCGGUGUUUCGACAACGAUGAAUGCUGACUCAUCCGGAUCGCCCUCGACGGCGGCAACUGGCGGCACCAGUAACUUCGCGGCACCCCGCGCAGACACACUAAGCAGCAACGCCACGGCAAUGGGUGUGGGGUGCACCGGCAACACAAUGCUGAACAUGGCGUCUGGCAUGCCGCAGCACCACCACUACCACCACCACACACCGUCGCUGGCACAUCCCUCAUCCAUCUCUGGGCAGCUCUCGCAGCGUCCGCAUCAACACCAUCACCAGACCAUGUCGCUCGGAAGCCUGAGCCUCGACGGCGGCGGCGGUGGCCAAGUGAACACGACCCAUCACGACGACAUGGAAUCGCAGUCUUCCAUGUCUCCUGGGGCAGCGCAGGAGCACAUCCCCGCCACCAUCUCGCCACACAUGUCGUCCCGAUCGCAGGGUGGGCCCUCGGCUGCCGUGAACUGGGGAAGCAUGUGUGGCUCCAACCACGGCCGCUCGGCCAACGCGAAGCACAAGGGCGCCGCCAGUGACUGCGCGCACAGUCGUGGGAGCAACAGCUACAGCGGGAGCACUCUUGCCGGCUUCAGCAACAGCCGUCACAGCGGCAGCCGACACGGGCACACGCAACAGCAGGCGAUGAUGAUGAAUCAAGCAGGCAACUACAUGAGCUCUAUGUACGGACGUCUUCCAACUCCAGACCAGCAAGCCGCCGGCCACAUCGGCAGCAGUGGUGGUGGCAUGAUGCCUAUGCACCACAACGCACUCAACGUUGGCGGUGGUGGUGCGGGUCAGCAGCCCAUGCUCCACCAUCAACAAGCACAGCAGCAGCAGCAGCAGCACACAGUGGCGAGACCGCCGCCGAUCCCGUACUACGACUUCAUCACAGUGCUGCCAACGUUUGUGGCGACGUGCCUGACGCUGAAGCCGGAGGACGAGGCAAACCGCGAGCAGCUCUGCUGGAUCAUCGAGGCCGUGCUGCGCAAGCACCUCAACCAAAAUGCAGAGAUCCGUGUGCACGGCUCCAUCACGACCGGCCUGGCACUUCCGUCGAGUGACGUGGACCUCCUUGCGGUUGGGUAUCAGCCGAUCGCGCCGCUCGAGGCGCUGCAGCGGCUGUCGAAGGCCCUCUUGGAGUUGGACGAAGACAGCAAGAACGACGCCCUUCGCCUGCAAGAGCUCAUCGAGGCCGAAGCGCAGCACCGCCGCAGGCAGUUGAUGGAGGAAGCGAAGAAGCGGGCGAAGCAGGUGGCACUGGCGGCAGCAACUGGAGCAGGAGUUGCAGUGGCACCCGACCAAGACCAUCACUGGACCAGAGAGAGCUGCUGCAGUGCUAGUGAUGUCUGUGAGGCGGCCAGCUUGCGAGACUCGGACAGCGACGCCGAUAACAAUGACCACGGCAGACGGUCUGAGGAGAAUGCCAGCGAAGGUGAAGGGGCGAGCGGCCUCUCGCCGAAGCGUGUAGCGUGCGCUGGCAGUAUCGCUGAGAGCCUCCUCCUUGGUUCCACCGUGGCCACGGAGGAGAUGCCAGUAAUGGGCGAGAUGGAUGAGGCGGUGCGUGCCGCACCGAACCGCCGCGUGUCUAGCCACUCACGGCGCUCUCCCUGUGCGCCGCAAGACGGCACGGCGACAAUGGCGCUUCAGCGAAGCGUCAGUGCCUCGUCGCGGUCGACAGAGUCGAGCACGACGUGCUUCUCCGCGGCGGCUUUCCCCCUCGACACACGCAAAUUGUUUCUGACCUCGAGCGCCACCGUUGGCGACGAUGACGAGUUUGCUCGCCUCGCCUCCGGCUCUGGCACCGUCCCUGGCGCGGGUGCCACGUCGACCUGCAAUAAGAGCGGUGUGGGGCACACGGACAGUGCGAGCGCGAGUCGCCUGCACAACCCCGACGUGGCGACGGCGGAGGACACAGAAGUCUACGGCACCGUUGGCGACGUGGAGCAGGCCGAGGAGGUGUUUCGCGGUCAGAUUGAAAAGGACUACAACUUCAGCACCUCCGUAGACCUGUCGGCGCUCUUUGCGCCAUCGAUGGGUAGUGGUAUGCCACCCGUCGCGCCACCGGUAGCAGCAGCAAGCGGUCUAAGUAUCGGAGGUGCCAGCAGUAGCAGCAGUGGCCUCGCGCUCCAAACAGCCACGACGCGGCUGCAUAACUCUGCCUCGUUGUCGUCUCCGCGCGAGUCUGCCGCGGCGAGUGGGAGCGCCGACCUAAAAGGCACCCCGCGUUCCCUGCCGCCCGCCAUGACGUCGGGUCUGCAUACCGAUGAGGACAACAUUGCCGCACAUGCGCAGCCGCUGCCGAGAAGCAAGGCAGCACCAGCCGACGCAGAUAUGUCGGCCAAUGAAGCGGAGCUCCGGUGCAGGCAGGUGAGGCUUGCAGACGGCGGUGCCGCGGAGCCGGAAGGCCGUACUGCCAGUGGCGGCGGCGAUGCUGCGGCAGCCGAGGCGGAAGCGGCGCACGCGGGUACAGAAACCGUGGCCGCCGAUGAGGCCGCGACAGCUCAGUUGUCGCCGGUGUCGCCCACAGCUGCAGCAUCCGGAGAGAGGGCCGCCACAGUGCAGACUGCGGCAGCUCCGCCGGCGUCCCAGGAUGCAGUGACGCGGAACUCGAUCGUUCUCGGUGCUACGGAUGGCCGUGGCCGUGGCGUGGGCCAUCUCACCUACGUCCCUGUUCAUGAAGGCCCGCUGUUCUUUGUGCAGUCCAUCACGGCGACUCGUGUGCCUGUCAUCAAGCUGACAGACAAGGCAACCGGCACCAAGGUCGACAUCACCUUCGCCGGCGGCGAGCACUGGCGUUCGAUGCAGCUUACACGAUCGCUGCUGGAGGUGUUUCCGCAUGCCCGCACGCUCAUUCUGUUCCUCAAGUACUGCGUGCGCAGCCUCAGUGCCGGCGAGAGUGAGCCUGGCGGGGUGACGUCGUUCGCCAUCUACCUCAUGGUGCUCCACUUCUACAAUGAAUGCCGCCAACGCAUCCUCCUCCUCCUGCGUGAGCGGAACGCUGCGUCGUCGUCAGCGGAGGCACAGGGCCGUCAAGCAGGAGCGGAUGCUGGAGAGCACCAGCACCAGCACCAGCAGCUGCAGAAGGAUCGCGCAGCGGAGGAAGCUUUGCGCCGCGGCAGCGCCGCGGACAACAGUGCUGCCUCUCCUGCCGCCCCUCGUCUCGCCGCCGUGUACCAAGACGCCUCUACGACGGCGGGCCCCGCCCCCCUUACUCUUGGGCUGCUGGAGUACAUGCUGGGCGAGUAUCUUGCACGAGUGGAGCAGCGUCACGCGCAGUUGGUAGAGGAGGCGGGGGCACGGAGAAGUGCGUCGCUCGACGCAGCAGGCGCCGGCGACGUUGCCGAGCUCUAUAGCAGCAGCGGGAACAUCCAGAAGACGGUGCCGGCUCUUGGGCGAGCGUCCUCCUCCACGGCCGUGGCGACCGGGGCGUGCGCGACCAUCAAGGCGGCCUACGCCAGCGACGACAAGGAGCGCCUGCGUGCGAUUCGCCAAACGAUACUGGGCUUCGUCGGCGACCCGGCAGCCGCGACAACAGCGGCGGUGGCGCCAGCGCCACUGACGACGACUGGCGCAACCCCUGAAAAGGAAGGUGGAACAAGGCGCACGCAACAGUCGCAACCCUCCUCGUCCGACGCUGCGGAGGGUGCCUCCGGCGGCGGAGCGGCAGCGGGCGCGAGCAGCAGCAUCGGCACCAGCACCCCGUCCCCGUUGCGCGAGCAGCAGCCUCCUAACCUCAGCGGGACUGCAGGCCUCGGCGGCACCACUACCACCACCACACUUAGUGCCGGCGAGGAACUAGCGCCUGUAGUGGAUGCGGCGCCUGGCCGCCUAGCGCCACCGCCGCGCCACUACUUACUCAAGACGGUAGAACCUCAGCCGCACGAACGCGUGGUGGGCGAGGGGUCGCACGUUGAUACCCCUCGCGCCGACGAAGUGGCAGGGCGUGGCGAGAAGGUGGCGGAAGACACGAGUGCUGUGCAUUCGACAGCGGCUCUGACGACACCAGAGACUGUUCACCAGGAGACGCGCGCCGACGCGGCGGCAGCGGAGGUAGCGGAGGGCACUGAGACGCCGGAGAAACCAGUCGCCGCUGCCACUGACAGCGCAGUCAAUGUAAACCCUGUGAAAGCCGGCCAGGACGCGGCGGGCGCCCAUGCAAGUCGAGUAGCAGAGGCAGCAGCAGCAGCGGCAGCCUCGACGUCGAAGAAGGCCUCUGAGCAGCACAGCGGCGCCGAUAGUGAAGACAGCGCCUUCGAUGCGUUCGCCGUGGACUUCCUGCGCCGGCAGGCAGAGGUGUCGGACUUGUUUCUCGACUUCUGCCACUACUACGGCUGCGCCUUCGAUUACGAGACCAGCGGCAUCCGCUUCACCGCUGACGGCCGCUCCGAGGUGGUGGCAAAGCCGCUCCUCUGCUCCCGCCGCGGUCAGCACUUCCACAUGACAUCACCUUUCGACCCUGAGUACGACUUGACAGCGCGCAUGACACACAUGCGCGACUUUCAGUGGCUGUGCUGGUGGUUUGCCGAGUGGGGAGCGGCGCGGCAGUCGCCGCAGUACUACGGCAGCUGCAGUCUUCAGUACGUCCUUCAGUGUCUGUCACCCAUGUCGGCAGACGCGGACUGCCAGGCAGUGCAUCACGCGCUCAUGAAGCAAGCUGUCGCCGCCGCGCGACGUGCCGACAGCACCGCCGCAGCGACGCUCGCGCAAAACCACAGCAUGAGCGUCCCCAUGCUCGCCUUUCAAGAGAGUAUGGGGAGCAACCAUCACAUGAUGCUCAUGCAGCAACAGCAGCAGCAGUCUGCGCCCAGACAGCCGCACACGAUGAUGAUGUCGAUGGACGGCAACACAAAGUUUUAUGGCGCGCAGCAACAACAACAACCGCAGAGCAUGAGAAACAGCACGACGACGAUGAUGCCGAUGACCCUUCGCGCGCAUCCGCAGCAGCCACAUCAGCAAGUGGGUGGUGUGCCGGUGCCACCGAUGAACGUGCACAGUGGCCCUCGCGUCGAACAACAGCGCUGCGGCGGCGCGGGGGUGGCGCAACACUCCGUUGCUGCGCCGUUCCCUCACUUGCAGAGCAUGAUGAUGUCGUCUGGAUCGCCAGGGCAUGCUCACCAGCAGCAGCAGGUAAACCACAGUGAAGCGAAUGGCAUGGACACAGCCACGCACGCGGGCGGGGGUGGCCUCGGUGAACAUGGCCACCACAACGCCCCUCAUCCAAAAUACGGCGGCAGUAUCAGUAUCGCCUCCACCGCAGCGAAGACGGGAUCUGCGACAAUACACGAAACGGCGGCCAUACGCACUGCCAGCAGUGGCAGUAGAAGCCGUCCUGUCAGCGAAUCCGGCACCACUGCGGCGGCCGCAGUAUCAGCAAGGACUCGUGCGCGCCAGCGUCCGCCACUGCAGCUGCCGUAUGUGGACUCACGGGAGGAGGCCUUCGAAGGGUCCUCCAGUCACGCCGCCACGACGCCCACGGCGGCGGGGAUGAUGGCGGUGCACAGCUACUCUACAGAGGACGACGACGACGACGGCGGCGGCGACAUGGCCGCAGCAGCAGCAGCAUCAUCCACGUCGGCCAAUCACCUAUUCUCGCUCCCCUAUGGAGAAAGUCCGGAGGGAACGUGGACGAGCCGCACGGCCACGACGACGACGACGUACGGCGGCAACAGCCCUCGUGACCGCGUCGAUGUCACGCUCACGCCUGUGAAGGGCGACGAAGAUGAGGACGAAGCUGGCGGGCGCUAUGGUGACCACGGUUACGGCAGCGAGAGCGUCGUUGACUACACCGACCGUCUCGACCAGUGUGGUGGCCGUGGGGGUGCGAGCGCGGUCAUGCUGCAGCACUACCCGCAACAGCUGGCGCCGCAUGACGCGCAGGCCACUGCAGAAGGCAAUGCUGGCGUUGGUGAGCACGGCGCAGGGGGACCGUGCAACGGCUACGCGCCGAGCAUGGCAUACGCCUGCAACCACGGCUACGCUGCCUCGCAACAGCAGCAGGUAUCCUACGGCAGUCCGCACCAGAUGAACCGAGCUGCGGGCGUGUAUCUCUCUCCGCAGCAGCAGCAGCAGUUCGGACAGCAGCAAGAACACGCAGCGGCGGCCGCCGCCUUCUACUAUCAAGCAUUUGCCCAGCAGCAACAACGGCAGCAGCAGCAGGUGCCCUACCCUCCAUCGCCACAGCUGAAGCAACCGCAGCCGAUCAUCAGUGGCGCCGGCAGUGGGUUUGUGGCUACCGCCGGCACCUCGUCGUCCUCGAGCUACCCCUUCCCGGCCCUGUACUACGACCUGCAGCAGCACCUCUGGCAACAGCAGCAGCAGUAUCACACGACGCGGAACAGUAGUGGUUUUGUCGGUAGCGCCCUCACUGCCGCCGCCGAUCAAGACGGAGGUAGCAGUCACCGCAGCGACGGCACUUCCAGCACCACCGCAACGAGUGCCAGCGCGCAGCAGCAGCAGCAGCAAGCGUUCCUGUACACGCCGUACGUGGGAUACCCAAGCGUUGCGUUUGGUGUAGGCGGUACACGCAAUACCGACGCGGCGAGGACUGCUGCCGGUGGUGGUGAGGUGCCUCAGCAGCAACAGCAGCCGGACAUGGUGGCGAUGCCGUCUAUGACGACCUAUCAGAACGCCGCCGCCGUAGCGACAGGGCUGCCGGUGAGCACCGGCAGUGCUGAUGUCUGUGUCAGUGCAAGUGAGCCGCCGCAGCAACGGUCUACCCAUGGCGGUCAUCGGCAUCCUGUUUCACACCAUCACUCCGGUGGUGGUGAUGGCAGUCACGCCGCCUCUCAGUAG